UCUCGCUCUCUUUUGCUCCCCUUAAGUUUCAUUUCAAAUUUUCCUCUCUUUCUUCUCUCUCUGAUUCUUCGUAAUUUCUUCAUUGAUUUGAAUCCCUACACUCAUUUCUCAUUCUCAAAUUUCUCGCUUCGUUCAUUUUAAUCACUCGAAUUAUAAAAUAGAUAUUAGAGAUCGCGAUUAAUUCUCCACUUUGGUUCUGUAUCUGCGUUAAGAGUUUGAAAUGGAGGGAUUACCUACGACAACGAAAGGAGAGAGACGAUGGAGAUCGAAGAAUAUACAGACAUCCAGUCCUUCUUUGCUGAUGGCUUUUCUCUCUUGCGUCGCUUGGCUUUACGUCGCUGCCGGUUGUGACAAGAUGCAGAGAACAGAAAAUUGAUUUCUGAUAUUCUUAAGAAGAACCUUGAACAGAGACCAAAGGUUCUUACAGUUGAAGAUAAGCUGAUGGUCCUAGGAUGCAAGGAUCUAGAUAAGAGGACUGCAGAAGCAGAGAUGGAUUUGACCUUAGCUAAGAGUCAAGGGUACCUCAAGAACCAGUUGCGAACAAGUGAUGCAUUAAAAAAACUGGAGGAAAGGGUAGUGGUACGAUUUGUGAUUGGUCGGAGAAAUAAUCGAGGUGAUAGCUUGGAUCGCAAUAUCAAUGAGGAAAAUCAUAAGACAAAGGAUUUCUUGAUACUUGAGGGUCAUGAGGAGGCUCAAGAGGAACUUCCUAAGAAAGUAAAAUCCUUCUUCAGUACUGCAGUUCAAAAUUGGGAUGCCGAGUUUUAUGUAAAAGUUGACGAUAAAAUUGGCAUUGACCUUGAGGGAUUGAUUGGACUUCUUGAACACCGACGCCGUCAAGACAGUGCUUAUAUUGGAUGCAUGAAGUCGGGAGAGGUGUUUUCUGAAGUGGGAAAGGAUUGGUAUGAACCUGAUUGGUGGAAAUUUGGGGAUCAGAAAUCGUAUUUCCGACAUGCCUCUGGUUCCCUUUUUAUACUCUCCAAAAACCUUGUUCGGUAUAUCGAUAUAAACAGUGAAUCUUUGAUGACUUAUGCUUUUGAUGAUACAUCUGUGGGAUCUUGGAUGAUGGGCGUCCAAGCAACUUAUAUAGAUGAUAAUCGUCUUUGCUGCGGUAGCAUUAAACAAGGUGAACUUGCCUCUGUGAUAUACUCUUGUUUAAAUGUUUUACAGAUCCCAUAUAUAGUAUUAUAUACACGUGUGUUUGUGUGCGUGUGAUCUUUUUUGUUUGAU